AUGCGUCUUGCACAGAGCUCGUACCGUGCCCGGAAAAAAAAGGCACAAGAAUCCGAAAGGGUCCGCGCUGACGAGCUUAGCAGUGCUCUAGACAACGCACUGGCAACGUUUUCCACACUCCAUCGGCGUAUUCUGGAUACCCCGCAGAUCAGUAGUUCGCCGGAAAUCCUUUUCCACCUGAACGACGCUGUAACAAAAAUGGUUGCCAUUGCAUCUGACACGAACAAGGUGUUAUCCUGUCCGCAUGCUCUAGGGGAUAUCAGUCCUAGCUCUCAUCAACAAGCACCCGGAACGCGGAGCCAGCCACCUACAACUGCAGUGGACGAAGAACUACACAACGAGUGGAGCUCGGAGCCUGUUUUGAAUGAGGUGCUUACUCCAGGCCCGUCAAUCACCGUGGACUCCGGGACCAGAACCAUAUUUCUACAGACCAAAACUUCCAACCAGAUUCCAGUGUCAGCAAGGGUCAUUCGAGCUUGCAUCAAGCGUGUGGUGCCUAUCUUAUCCGAUAGCACGGUGUAUGGGAGCCAACCCCCGGCUUUGGCUCUUCCUCUUCAGUUGCUAGGUAAAGAGGCGCUAAUGGUCAUUUCACUGCAACGUUUGUCGAUAUUCCAUCCUUCUGUUACUGAUUUCCGGUAUCCGUUCCGCUUCACUUCCCAGCAACCGCGCAUGUACCGCGUUGUUGAAGGUGAGACUAAGACCAUCCCAAGAGCGACAGCUCCGUUGGUGCAGCAAAUCGUAAGAGGCAAAACACGGACAAGACUAGACACAAACUUCGGGCCCCUGCAAGGAGAGUGGCUAGAGGCCGUGGAUGUGGAGGAAUACCUGGAGGAGCGAGGAAUCUAUCUGCGCAACACCGCCUCGAACGACACAACACCUACAGACGACACUAUGCAUCAACCAUUUGUCCCAGACAUUGAGCAGAGCAUAAAUAUGCUCGCCCUGCUAGGAGAUGAAACAAGAGGGGAAAUGACCAGGGAUAUAAUGGGCAAUACCCGGUCACAACUAGGCAGCAUGGAGCAACGCCAUUUUAUAACUUUAUCGGCCGAUUUUCAUGGUCAUGAGCCGGCAGACUAUUCAGUUUUCGGGGUUCCGGGGCCGAUACGAUCGCUGCCUUCUUCCAAUAGCCAAAUCCAUCCAACCGCUAUGGCUGAUGUCCCCACAACUGAUGCACUGAGUAUCCCGCAGUCGGAUUCGAAUCAUCAGACCGCCCAGGUUAUUGCACAAGCCUCUCGAGUCACUGUCGAUCUUGAUAAGCUAGUGCAUCUACUCGCGGAAAAUGCCAUGUGCAUUGGCCCUGCACCAGGGAUCAGGAAAUCUGCUGUGGAUGCCUCGAUCCGGGGGUCUGUCAUCUUAACAUAA